UCGAAAGUGGCACUCCCCAUGAGAUGCCAUGCGAGUUUCUUGCUUCUUUGGUUCCUUCAGGCCUCAUCCGAGCCCUGGAGCCAAUCUGAUGUAGAGGUGUUGGCAAAUGCUGGCACCAAGUGUGGUGAAGUCCAUGGUGCAGUCUUGCGCGUGGUCGAUCUGUCCUAUGUGGAAGUCCGAGAGGCUCUCCAGCAGUUUCUGGAUAGUAUCCCUUGGCUGCUGCAGCAGCUGGAGCACAUGCAGGAAGAUGAAGAAUCUGGUCCAGUUUAUGGCCAACUCUUCCCAAACGUGCUCUCCGCAUUGCAGCUUUCCAUGAAGGCCGUCCAGCUCUUGGGAUUGGCUGCAGUGGUGCACAGGCCGUGCUUCCAAUCCUCAGCGCGCUUGGUGAUGGGUCAGUCACUGCCUUUGCUGCAACAAGCGCUGCAGCAGCAGGUUUCCACUCUCUGGUGGAUGUUUGACAUCGGCAAGUACUCCAACACCAACAGCCCAGCGAAGCAUUUGCAGGCCUUGCUACGCUGUCUUCAGAAGAGCGAGGCUCUCUUUGCAGGUCUCCAAGACUUGCUGCCAGCAGAGUUGCCACGCUCGGAGCACUUCUGGGGGCAUCAAGAGCACGGGAUGUUCAUGAAUUCCACCGUCAUCUACAGAACUCUUUUUCCAGAGUCAGCAAUCGUGGAUAAAGGACUGCUACGUUAUUUGCUGCGACUCUUGCCACCAGACGUCAGUCUUGGCGACUUCGGGGCCCUUGAUGGCCAGUACUCCAGGUGGCUGAAUGACACUGGUCUGGUCACCGCCUAUGCCUUCGAUGGUGUUAUGGGAGUGACAGAGAUCACUGAGGGUGCUGUCACCCAGGUGGACUUAGCAGAGGCUUUACACAUCGAGUGGCAUCCAGAACCAUUCGAUUGGGUCCUGUGUUUGGAGGUAGCAGAACACAUCCCGCCGCAACACGAGGAACAAUUUCUGGAGAACUUAGGCAAGCACGCAUCAGAGGGGCUGAUCUUGCCUGGGUGGACAGUGGUCAUUCUUUGGUGUCCCGGGUUCCCGAGAGCGUCCUGGGCCCCACCUGGAAUCGAAGGCGAAGGUCAUAUCAAUUGUCAGGAGCUGGAAGACUCAAGAAAGCGUGUGGAGGCUUUAGGCUUUCACCAAGACGUUGCUGCCACAAGUGCCCUGCGAGAAGCAUCGCAGGUGCCUUGGAUCGCAGCAUCUGUGGCAGUGUAUCGGCGGCAAAAAAAAACGCCGGACGGAGGACGGAGGACACGGAGAAUUCUGUAG